ACUCGGUAUGCGUGUGGCUCAUAUGCAUGGACAGGUACCGUACGGAUAUUUCGUUCUCCGUUAUAGCUUCAUAUAUUUAUUUGCUCGUGGUUAUGGUCGGGCUGACGGCGCUUCAGGAAAGAAGUGGCGCCACUUCACGUGGUAUUUAUCCCUUGUUUGGCCUCUACUUAUGGCUCAUACCCAUAUGCAUUACGAUCGCCCAAGAUUCGGAUUGAAAUAUUAAAUGAAGACUAUUAGUAACGCAAAGAAAACAACGGAAUUAAUUACAUAUGCAAUUUGUUUCAUCGUUCCGUGCAAUAGAAGCGUGUGUUCGGUUGCGCCGCCGCGCCGCGCCGCUUCCGUUGUAGCAGCUGUGUUGGUCCAGUACCCGUGUUGCGAGCGCAAGAUUUAACUGACGUCAGCUCCAAUUUGACGAAGUCUCGUGUGUGCAAGGAACUGCCGUCACUGCUCCAAAGCGUGCUAAAUAUUUAUGCGUAUACAUACGCCGCGCGCCACGGACGCGUUAGAAUAUGGCGCCCUUUGCAACAGCAGAGAACGUGAAGUUUCCCCGUAAACAUGUCAUACUGUGCUGCCUAGGCUUAGACUCAUUUUCCACAUGCACCCAGUUUGUCAUUUGUGCGGCUGGCAUCAUGACCGUGUUCUUGGGAUACGGAUACACGCAGGAGCUCAUGUUUCACAUCGAAGGAUUCAAGCCGUACGGCUUCUACCUGACGUUUGUCCAGUUCGUGCUGUACAGCAUUUUUUCGUUCGUCGAGCGGAAAGUACGGAAGGAGAGCGGCCGCACAGCGCCCCUGCGAACUCAUCUAUUACUAUCUGUGCUGACUGUGGGCACCAUCGGCCUCUCUAAUGCGUCACUGGGUUACCUAAACUACCCGACCCAGGUUCUAUUUAAGUGCUGCAAACUAAUCCCGGUGCUGCUCGGUGGCGUGCUCAUCCAAGGAAAGAAGUACAGGAGUCUUGACCUGCUAGCUGCUGUGCUCAUGAGCAUUGGACUGGCUGCCUUUAUCCUGACUGACAGCAAAAUAUCGCCAACAUUUUCAUUUAUAGGAGUUGCAAUGAUAUCAAUGGCUCUACUUUUUGAUGCCAUCAUCGGCAAUGUGCAAGAGAAAGCAAUGAGGACCCACGGCACCCCAAACUCUGAAAUUAUGAUCUUCUCGUACUCCAUCGGUUCUAUGACCCUGUUUUUCAUCUUGGCUGCAAUGCAGAAUUUGAUCCCAGCUGUCAAGUUUUGGGCUCAGAAUCCGGUGGAGACUUACGGCUAUGCCGCCAUAUUUUCACUCCUGGGCUACUUUGGUGUCCAGUUGGUUCUAACGCUCAUCAGCAUAUCCGAUGCCUUUAUCACCGUGGUUGUCACAACUUGCCGCAAGGCCAUAUCUAUAAUUCUCUCAUUCAUGCUGUUUGCCAAGCCAUUCUCAUUCCAGUACGUCUGGUCAGGUGCACUCGUGCUUCUUGGAGUGUACCUUCAUGCCUACAGCAAAAAGCUAGCGAAAAUGCCACUACUUCCCCUCGUCAACCGGGAGAGACAAUCUUCGUGACCAUGAUUGCAGUAGCUGACAAUCAAAAUAUCUAGUCAAAGUGGUGUAAGUAGCUGGUGCGGGAGCCGCAUAUCCAUGGACUCGUGUUUUACACUUCACAAUGCGGUGAUCUGUGUAGGAGCCCAAAUAUUGAGCAAACAAUUUUAUUUACUGCAUGUCGUUCUUUUGCCCCUCUACAUGCUUUCACUGUCUGAUAGUGCGUAGCUUAAUGAAAUGGAUGAUUUGGAUAAGAGGGGUGUGUUGUCUAGUCGUUUUCGUUAACCAAUGCUGCUGUGGAUUGUGGCCUCUGCAGAGGUUUUGGUUGUAGCCAGAGCUGGGCAAGUUUGCUAGCACAGUUGAAUGAAAUGCCAUGGAAUGAUAAUUGUUACUAAUGGUUAGUCCUUACUGACAGCGUCGCAGGCUUUUCCCCAACCCACCGCAAGCAUAUACAUAUCCUCUUGACGAAGGCUAUGUUGGAUGAAGAAAUACAUGGUGGUGAGAUCUACUCAAGAAAGAAAUUUUUAACGCGAGGUUUUCUUUACGUACCUUCCCGGACUUUUCUGACCAUGGCUGCUGUUACUGUCUUGCUAAAUAGGUUGCUCUUUAAAGAAGAUUGACUUACGUGCCGGAUGGUGAUAUCGUACCUCUGUCCCCCAGCACAGCAGCCAGAUUCUCUAACCAUUAAGCCACAAUUGCAUGAAUAUUUACUUCGUGCCAACGCAAACUAGAUCUUUGAAAUGAUCGCCGCAUAUGUCACACUGCGGUGCACGAGUGUGCGAGAGCACAUAUGUGCACGCCAGUGUCCUUUAUGCUACGUACACAAUAAUUAAAUAUGCAAGUUUACGGUAUUUGGCUAACUGCUUCAUGAAAGCUUUGCUUCACAUAGAUUCCAAGAUGUGCAUUAGAUCUGCAUAAUCCUUUUUUUUACUAAUUUUAUUAAAGCAUGUUCUUUGUGGAGUCGGGCUGAUUUGGAUGCUGUGGUCAGUGUACGAGCUUGGGUUACUGAAGAGGUUACUCUUCUGUGUUCCUAAAGUUAGUGUAGAAGUUAGUGUAGUGGUAGAAAGGCCAACUGCAAACAAGUUUGACAGCACGACAAUAGGUUCAGCCUAUAGGUUCAGAUAAGUGUAGAUAUAAAGGAGCCUCCGUGAAAAAUUUUGUGUUCAGAAUACUAGUAAAUGUGUCGUGGAAAAUCUUGCUAAAGGCAUUGGAUACUGAAACUGAAAAAACAAAAAAUUUAAUGCUGCCAUUACAACUCACCAGAAGUGAUGUAUGAUCCAGCACAGUGGGAAUCACAACUGUUCCUCAGCAGCUGUGAUUUAAUUAAUUAAAAAGCCAGCAAAAAUUAAUCACAAAUCACUUAUUACAUUAAUUGUACAGUCCAAGAUUAGGUGGCGCCCACGGUUAAAAGUGGUGAACUGAAAAAUCUUGGAGGCGACGUGCUGGGAUUUAUGUCAUACUUGCUAACCAUCAAAUGCACGCAUUUCCUGUUUACUAUUUCAAGGCUGCUAAAAAGAAAAUUGGACAAUUCCCAACCCUGCAGCUUCGCCAAGACUGCCUCUAUAGUACUUAUAACAAAUUUAUCUAAGUGAAAUUGCAAUUGGCCUUUAAAGCCAAACAACAAUAAAAUUUUGGACCGCGUAUAAAGCCUAGUUUAACCUAAUGUAGAUAUAGAGGAGCCUCAGUGCAAAAUUUGACAUUUGAAAUAUAUGCGGGAACGUCAUGAAAAGCUUGCAAAAAUAGCUGUUUUUGAGACUGGAAGUGCCGCACGACCUCUGCAAUCUUGGAGGCGACGCUGCUGCAUAACGUGGAUGCAGCAGCAUAGAUGUAGUGCCCAUGACUGCCUGCGGUACGUUGGGACUUGUAUCAUAGCAAUUGAUUCAGUGGUAUAUACUACUCAUUUGAAACUGAGUGUGAUAGCAUGCCAUCGGGGUGGGAUAGAACAUGCUGAAAUAAAAAAAGGCACCAACCGCAAAAGAUUAAGUAAAAAGAUUUUUCUUUUGUUUUUCUUUGAGCAGGGCUCUCAUGUGGGAGUUGAAACGUUAGCCUUAAUAAAUCUUUUGUGGUCGGUGUCUUGUGUUAUUUUAUCAUGCUACUCAUAAACUUAAGCAAAGUGAAAUUUUGUUGCAGUUGGCCUUUAAGCUUUCUAUGUGGCAUCUAACGGGUUUAGAUGCUGCGGCUCGUGGUGGACGUGAAAACUGCUUACACCGAUACCCACAGUGUGUGGGCACAAUAUUGAAAAGUAAGGAGGUGGUAGAUUCAAAACACCCUGUCCAGGACCUUUGCUAGCAACAUUUUUCAGUGCUGCUCCAAUGAAGUUUGCCAUAUGCUGUUCGUCCUCAAGCACUAGAGGACUAGCCACUUUGCAGUAAGGGUUGGCAAGGGGUGCAAACUUGAAUUGGUGCAGAAGGGCAACCACUUUGCUGCUUCUGUUUACAAGUGCAAGCGUGUGCCACUGAGGGAAAGAGAAUAAAGUUUAUGAUUUAGCUCCUGCUUGGGAGCUUUCUGUGUACAACUGUUGCGGUGCCUACCAGGGCCAGUACAAUGUGAAGAUUCCUUUUGCUCGAUUCUAUUACCUCAUCAUCCACUGUUUACAACUGGCUAAUCCCAGUGACAACGCAAGUGGGGCGCCACUCGGGCCACUGAUGAUGUGUGAAAAGGAAUAUUACGCAUAUCCCUGCCCAGGAUGCUUGGACGUACUGAACAAGGGCUUGAGAAACCAGAGAGGUGGCGUGUAAGGUGAAAUAAUACAGAGUGCAUGAGGCCCUUAGGCAAGACGGUGUAGAGUACUGCAUCCAGCCCCACCAUAUGAAGCCCAGGCCCAACCUGGGGCUAUGGCUGCAAGCACGGGCCCAGGUUGGGCCCACUAGAGGAACUUAGUCUACACACGCUUUAAAACUGUCAUUGCUUCGGCUAUGCAUUCUAACACAUUACGAUAAACCUAGAUCUGUGACAAAAAAAAAAAAGAAAAAAAACAUUGCGAACAAUGUUUUCCUGCAGAGCAUGCAUGUGUACAGCUAACUUGGAAAGGCCGAUAGAAGCAAAAUCUUAGUGAAAAAUUUCUGGCAAGACAUUUUAUUGUACACAAGUGUACAGUCUUGUAUACACUUUAUGUGGUAAACCCGAAGAAUUAAACGCUUGCAAAAUACGUCAGUUUCGUCAGAAGGCAGAGCAUUGGCAAUGAUAACGAAGUUUAGCACUGCGCGCUAGCUCGCUGCGUACAUGGAGGCAACAUAGUGCUGCACAUCAUGAACAGUGCCCUGCCUUGUCGCUGUAUGUGUCACUCUUAAAUAUAUUAUUAAAUAGCUAAUAAACGCAUGUAUUUGCUAGAUUACUAGGUACUGUACUACCUCCUUACUAGUUGUGUACUAGCCAGGGGCCAGUAAAUGCUGCCAUUACUAGCCAGAAAGGCUUAGUAGAUUUUGCUAAGUCACUAUACUAAGCCACUACAGCCUCAUCUGGCCAUAGUCUAUCAUGCUGUGAUUCUGACAGAUUCACACAAAAUUUAGAUAAACUGUUGCAGCAGUCAUUAUGUUGAAUUAACAGUUGUGUGCAAUAAUGUAUUACACAUUCUAUAUGCAGGUGGUAGGCUAUAGAAAUUUCGGUUCAAAACUUUGCUCACCAGUGCAAUAUUUGCUCCCCUAAACUAUGACUAUUUAUAGUAUUGAAGUUGAUCUUGGAGUACAUGUCAUGUAGUACAUUUGUUGUUGUUCUGUAUGUGUUCUUGUUCAUCAUUGCUUGAUGUUAUUAUGGUAGUACAUUGUUACCCGGAGUAAUGAGCCAUCGUAAUGUCCCUGUUAAGCAUUGUGUAUAAUAAUGAUUACAUUGAUAUAUAGCGAAAGGAUGUUUUCUUUUUUUCA